AAACAAAAAUGUAGGGUUAUAUCGGAACGUCAAGUAUAGAAUUGUAUUUGUUGGUGAAAACUUUCUUGUUUGGUGCGUUUCUCGUGACUUAUUCAUAACUAAAAUGCCCUCUCAGAAGCAUAAAAGUACCACCAGCAGACCAUCACAGGCAAAGCAGACAAUGGAUAAAGCAAAGAUAAAAUUGGAACCAGUUGAUAUUCUUCCACUUUCUGGUUAUGUGGAUGACCGAGUGGAGCUGAUUAAGCAAGCAUUCCAGUGUCUAAAGCCCAAAUCAAUCAAGGCAAUAGCUCCUGAGUUCUUGCAAAAUAAACCCAUCGAGAAGAUACAGGAACAAUGCCUCAAUGAAGUACUUGGCAUGUCAAAGAAGCGGCUGUUGUCGAUCAUUAACGCUACGAAAUGCCCUACGGAUACUGAAUCUUCAGACGAGGAGUCUGUGAGGCCCAUUGAAGAGCACAUUUCACUGGAUGAGAUCUCAUCAGAGGAUGAACGACCGAAGGGUAUUGCUAAACGACGAGCAAAGACAGAUACAAACGACAAAGAGACUGAAGAGAAGAAAGAAUAUUCUGUAUUGGAACUUCUUGAGCUUCAAGCACGAGCGAGAGCUAUAAGAUCCCAAUUAGCUUUGGAGCCAGUGACAAAGAUUGAAAUAAAAGAAUCCGACGAGGAAGACGUUGCAGAUGAGCCACCUAACAUAAAACCAACUCCGCAAUCUUCAAUACAAUCUAUGCAGAAGAGUGCUGCUUCCAAUGCAUCUAGCAGUCGUAAUUCAGAGAAGAGUUCUAAUGUAAGAACAAUUCAUGUAGUCAAAAGUACUGUUCCAGGGGUAAUUAAAUCAAAGGAAAAGGACAAGAAUCUGAGUAGGAAUGGCAUCGAGAAGAGCCAGAUUGUUGAAGAAUCAAAUUUGGCCACUGAAAGACGUAUAAAAUUGAAGCGAAAUUGGAGAAAUAAGUCACAGGAUACCAAGGAAGGAUCUAAAAUUGGUUCAUCAAACUUGGUGAUUGAAGUGAAAAAUCCAGGAGUACAAGUGCAGUAUACUAAUCUGGAACAUGCGAGAGACAGAAGCACAUCACCAGACGUUCUUCCAAUUGUUGCGAGUCCAGAAACUUUCUGUAUCUCCAGUGACACAGACGAAGAGGCUUCUGAGAAGAGGAUUGCAAAGAAAGAGGAAAUUGUAGACACUCCAGCGGUGAUAGAAAAGGAAUUGUGUUCUCCGAAGGAUCCAGAUGCAAGAGAACACAAAACAGAUGAACCUCUUGAAGAUGGUGAAGUUGUUGAUGAACUGGAGCUGACAAUACAUGAGGAUGAUGAAAAUCUUGAAGCGGUAAUGUCAGAAAAACCUCAACAAGUGGAAGAGAAUAAGCUCGUGGAGACUGCUGAAGAUGAGAAGCAGGAAAAAGCGAUCACCGAAGAGAAAAUUGAGGCUGUGGCUGAAACGAAAAAAUCUAUCUCUGAAGAAGAAAAGUCGGAUGAUGAUCUGAAUGACGAUUGUAUUGAAAUUGAGUGUACGGAUAUUUUGGAGGAGCAUCAGGAGAAUGUGGAGUUGAAGGGGGAAUCAGACACGCAGAAUAAAACAGAACCCGAGGAAGAAAUUCUCGAGUUGAGUGACUCAAGCGACGAAGACAACCUUCCGCUGUCUCAGCUCAUCGGGGAGAAGAGUUCACCUUCAAAAGGCAGUAAGGCUGAAUCGUGGAAUUCACGGUGGCUGGAGAGCUCACGCGUCUCGAAGAUCAUGGCGACAUCUCGGCUGGGAAACUCUGUGCGACGAAAGAUAAAGACAAAGGGCAAGAAGAAGAGGGAAGUAGAGGUGAAUGAGACCAAUUCUGUGGAGAAGGCGCAAGUGAAAGUCACUGAGUCAAGUGUGGAAGUAGGAUCAGUGGAGCAUUUUCGCGAGCUCGUAGACAAUCAACAGUAGGGCGCGAAGAUGAUGGAAAAGUCUGGGGUGAGAUGUGCGACAAGAAGCGCUAAACCCGUAAUCCCGUUCACGAAGUCGGAAUCCAAAUGGGAAAAGCUGAGUGUGUGCACUAAAGACCGUUUUAUCAUCGAGCAACGAGACGCGGAGAACGUGUUUGUUAACCAACAUAUAAUCCGGAUUUAGUUGAGGAGGCACAACAGUGCGCCAGAGGAUGGAUGCACACUACUCGAUCGCCGUUCGUGGUACAACUGAAUGGCCAAUGCCAGCUCUACCAUCCGUGUAGCUCUUGGGAUGGAUGAUCGAGUUGAUGUAUACCAUACAACCUUCUUCGGAGUCACAUGAGAAGCAAACCAAGCCAUGGGCAAAUGGAGAGUGGCCUCGAGAGUGUGAUUCUCUCUUUUCUCGGGAAGAGAUAGUGGCUGAGAGAGUGUAUAAAAGAAGUGAAAAAAUGUGUGUGAUUCUGUUGGCGCGCGCCCGAGCUCAAAAUCAAGACUCUCCUCAACAAAGCGUUUACCUGGUGGUGCUCCACCAAGUGAGAGAGCGAGAGAGAUGUGGAUACACUCAUAUGGCGAGAACGGUGUUCCAUUAACCUACUGAUACAGAACCAUCCAACAAAACCAACAUAACUUCUUCUGCCGCUUCAUGGUCUUGGUCGUCUUCUUCGUCAGCGUCAUCUUAGGAAGCAGCAGGUUUGUCAUUAUUUUACGACAUUGCUUCUUGUUCCCUUGUAAUUGCCAAUUGAUAAAAAUACACUUACUCGAGAGUGCACCAACUUCUAUUGUCCAGCCAAAAGGAAUUCAAUUAUCAACACAACUCACGUUUUUUUUUUAUCACAACCCUCCUGUUGACAUUGUCGAUCGAUAUGACACCAUGAGUGGCCAAUUCUAGGCUUAUCUCCGUGGCAACUUGAGGCAUUCAGAUUAAGAUUUUUCUGACUGCUAAAUUGGCGAAACGACGGAAAAUUUAAAAAAUCGCUCUAGCAUGUCAAGUUUAGAUGAAAAACUCUUAGCAUUUCUCCAUUAGGAAAAGGAAUAAUGAAUGGAAUUGCGAAUUAAAUGUUUUAAUUGAGAAAGAGAGAAGGCCACACAACUUGGGGAGAUUUCCCCACAAGAGAGUGAUUGGGAAGGCAAGAAAAGUGGUAUUAGAGGUGUAACGGAUUAUUUAUUUCAGCAAAUAUGAAUUUCACAGUUGAGAGAAAUGUAUAUCGGUUUAAGAUGCUCUCGAACAUGUACGGUAAAUUUCAUCUCAAUUCACUUUGAUAUUGUUUAUCAAUAUAUAAAUAGAUAUAUAUAAUUUGUCUGUAUAUAUGCUGAGAUGCUUUCAUUGUGCUUCCUAUGUUCGCAUUGGUGAUUAAUUGCGCGUAAUUGAGUCGAUUUGUGUGGAUGGGAGUUAGAGAGUAAUUAUGCAUAAUUAUUAGAUGUUUUCUAUUGUAAAUGUAAAUCUACAUGUCUCUGAUUUAACCACUCUUUUUAUCAGAUUUUUAUCAGUAUUCAUCACACAUAAUUAUGUGUUUGAUAGCGGACGGACGACUGAUUGAAUGAAUGACUUUUUUCUAAUUAGCUAUGUACAGGUACUGCAUACAUAUUGCAAUCAAGAUGUAAAUCCUCCAAAGGGAAAAUGAAAUAUUUUGUAUGCAAUACAAAUUAAAUACAGU